CCACCAGCGUACUCGUUUAUCUUUUUUUCCCCACACCUCACAGACAUGUGCAUCUUAUAUUCACCUUAAUAUGGUAUAAUAUUGGUCACUUUCAGUUACGCUUUCGGACGUAUCACAGUGGAAAAAGCUCUAUAUGAGUCAUGAUCCUGGUGGAUUCUGGUGUGUUCAUUGGAACAGCAGCCGACCUUAACGACAGUCGGGGUUUGGCAGAAGCAGCCAUUACUCACAUCGUGUCUGUGGACUCCGUAGACCCAGGGCCUCUAUUGCCUGAUGAUUCAGGCUAUUGCAAGAAAUGGAUUAACGUCCUGGAUGAGGUGACAUCGGACCUUCUGAGCCACAUGGAUGACUGCUACUUGUUUAUUCAAGAGGCAGUGGAUGGAGGUGGAGCUGCACUUAUUCAUUGUCAAGCUGGCCGCAGUCGCAGCGCCACCAUUGUGACUGCUUACCUCAUGAAGAGAUACAAGCUGUGCUUUGCUGAGGCUUACCAGAGACUGAAGAGUGUCAAGCAGGAUGUUCAGGUCAACAGUGGUUUUGAGGAACAGCUGUGUCUGUAUGAGGCCUUACAAUGCGAAGUGGACACCAGCCAUCCGCUGUAUAAACAAUACAGACUGACCAAAAUCACUGAGAAAUAUCCUGAGUUGCAGCAGGUUCCCAGAGAGGUAUUUGCAGUUGACCCCGUUCAGUCAAACUCAUCUGAAGCCUCCUAUCGUUGCAGGAAGUGCAGAAGAACCCUAUUUCGCAGCUCCAGUCUCCUCAGUCACCCAGUGGGAGAAGGAGCGUCAGCCUUUGGUCACAAGAAGUCCACUAACCUGACUGAAGGAGUCCGAUGCACAUCAUAUUUCAUUGAGCCAGUGCAGUGGAUGGAACAAGCUUUACUUGGUGUGAUGGACGGACAGCUUCUGUGUCCAAAGUGUCGAUCCAAGCUGGGCUCAUUCAGCUGGUGCGGGGACCAAUGUUCAUGCGGCCGCUGGAUCACGCCUUCCUUUCAGCUUCAUCAAAACCGAGUGGACGAGAUCCGGCACAUUAACAUACAAAGAGAACGCACAACACAAUUCGCAGUCGGAAAUGGAUGACGAAUAAUUCAUACAGCAAUCAAAAAAAAGGAUUUUAAAAACAUUUAUGUCUCCUAAACAACGUACAUCUAUCCAUUACCGCAUUGGCUCGAAUAUAAGACUGCUUUUUGGAUUGAAAUAAGACUGAAAAGUGGGAGUCGUCUUUUAUUCGGAGUCUAGACAUUAUACCCAUUCACGACGCUAGAUGGCGCCAGAUAUCAUUGAAGCUAAUUCUGAUCUUGAGGAGUAAUGUUCUGUCAUGACAGAUCUCAGCUACUCUCAAGUUUAACCAGUUUGCAUUCUGUUUUUCCUUAUUCAGAUUUGUUUCAAGACUACAGUUAGUUAGACCUCACUUUGAUGGUUAAUGCAGUUUUUGCAAUUUUGUUGUUUUAUCACAAUAGAUUGGUUUAUUUACAUUUCAAAAACCAGAAGCCAUUCAUUUACGAAUGUGAUUGCACUUUAGUUUACAUAUUUAAAUGUUCAGAUAUUAAGAUUUUAAUGAGGCAAAAUAACAUGCUUUUUCUCUCAAAUAUAUUAUCAUUUGUUUCAGAUGUACUUAAUUAUUUUCUGUAUGAAAAUUAAUUUGGUGUUCAAAAAGUCUGUUUUUAAACUUGAGUCUUG